AUGGACUUCCGGAGCGACAGAGGCGACGAUCUGGAGAACGGGAAGAUUACCGUCCAGCUGCUGAAAAGCCGGACGGGAGAAUUCGACUUGGGGUCCAUCCUUCUGCUCAAGCUCAGAGGCCUGGGGAUUCUGGAGCUGGGCUGCCUCGGAGAGUGCGCCAGCCUGGAGUGGCUGGACCUGUCGGGCAACGGCCUGACCCACUUGGGCCCGCUGGCUUCGCUCAAAGCUUUAACCGUGCUCAACCUCUCGGCCAACCGCAUCUCGAACCUGGACCCCCUGAGCGGCUGCGAGAAAUUGCAGAGCCUCAACGCCGCCGGCAACCAGCUGCGCAACCUGCAGCAGCUGCAGUGCCUGCUGGGCUUGCGGCACCUGGACAACGUGCGCUUCCACAACGGCCCGUCCCGUCUCAGCAACCCCUUCUGCCUCGCUGCCGCCGCCGGCUAUCCGGCUGUCCUGUCGGAAAUGUUCCCGUGGGUCAAGGUCAUCGACGGCGAGAGAGUGUCCGGACGGGGUAGCGAGCUUUACCAGCUGUGCAAGGAUCUGGAUCGCUCGCUGCAACGUUGCGGCAACGGCGGGGCUCCGCCCGAGAUGGCCGGCCGGGCCCAGCCCUGGGUGGAGGAAGGCUACUGGGAGGUGCAGCCGGCCCGGAGGAGCUCCAUCGUGGAGAAAGCUUACAAGCAGUUCAACGAGGCCUUGCUGGAAUGCCGGGAACUGGGCAAGCAGGCGGACCACAGCAUCAGCCAGGCCGAGCGGGCCCUCGGGGGCGGACGUCUCGAGGCCAACUCGUAUCUCUUUUGA